GGCCGGGCGCGGGCCAUGGAGGAGCGGGGCGGCUGCGCCGGCGGCUUCAGGAAGGACACCGUGGAUCGGCUUCUCCGCCUCCAUUUCCGGGACGGGAGGACCCGAGUUAACGCGGACGCGCAGCUGCUGAUGGCCGAGCUGCUGAAGGUCUUCGUCCGAGAAGCAGCGGCACGGGCAGCUCGGCAGGCCCAGGCAGAGGACCUGAACAAGGUGGAUAUUGAACAGCUGGAGAAAGUAUUGCCACAGCUGCUUCUGGAUUUCUAGAGGCCUCCUGAAGCACAUGUCGCCUGUCAGCAGACAGUCCUGGCCUGACAUGUGUCUCAGCCUCAGAGACACUCUGGGACAAACAGUCUCAGCUUUUUCUUCCACUGCCAUUUUGUUUCUGUUUCCUCUCUCCUGUACCAAGCACAACACAGCCCAAAGCAACAAUGCUGUCAGAUACCAUUUUUGAGAAGAGGGUGCCACAGGCUUAAUUUGUUCAGCUGAGUACAUAACUGGUUUCCAUCUUGCUGCCUUACUCCUGUAACAGAGGCCUGUAUUUCCCAACAUGGUAAGAAGCUGUUGCUUUCUCAGCUAAUGUGAGAAAGAGGUGCUGCUUCGAAGAGAUGCAUGGAAAGACUUAAUGGCUGGAAAUACCACCCAGCCUUCAGGCUCUCAUUGCCUCAAGCAGGCAGCUGUAACAGCAACUCCAGGUGCAGCUCCAAGCCUUCCUAAUAAAUAGGUCAUUAACAGGAGCUUAGUCACAGGCUCUUGCCAAAAGCAGGUAACUGAUCUUUAUUUUAUAAAUAAACAGUGUCCCUCACUACCUUCCAGCAUUUCUUGGGCUGUGACAUCAAAGAAUGCUUGAAACCUUUUAACCAUUCAAUAUUCUCCUCAAAGGCUGCUCCCCCUCUGCUAUAAAUUUGUUCUCACAAAGAAACAUCAGUAAGUUAAAAACAAGUCUCCCUUCCUUCUUUGCUGCAAUUCAUCAUCAAAAGUCAAGUUGCUUCAAAGACUUGCAGAGCUUCCCCCUCACCCACCCUCUUCCCUAAAUCUUUGUAGGACGAAAGGAAAAAAGGACAAAAUAACAAACAGCAUGUGUGAGAAUCCCACAUCACGGGACAGCCUGGCCCCUCUGGCAGCGGCGGGGGGGGGCACUGUGAAAUAAGAAACCUCACACAUGUGGGCAGGACCCAGGAGCCCGAGUGGCUUUGCUGGAAGUGCAGGGCUGGCUGCACAGAGGGCUCCGGCCGCUGCCCUGCUGUAGUCCUUGGCUCAGGAGCAGCUGUGACAGGCUCAGUGGGUCACUGUGCACUGUGAGCUAGGCGCUAUCAGGGUCAUCCCUCAGGCCAACCACCAUGAAACCUCACAAAAACUGCCGUUCCAGUACACGUUCUGUGGCAGUACCAGCCUAAGCAGUGCCCAGCCCUCAGCACCACAGCUUCUCAGCCAAAACAACUGUUCAGCUGUACAACACAUGCAAUGAAGGAACUGACCUAGUUCAGUGUUCAGCCCCACCACCACUGGUAAAAAAAAAAGCCAAUAGGAAAAAAAAAAAAAAAAGCAAGUGAUACUACCUUUGAAUGCCCUAAAACCACAGGGAUGAGUUUGAGUUCAGCUACUAUAGCGAAGUGAUACUGAAACAAAACCAGUUCAUCAGGUAUCUGCAGGUACUGCUCUUCAGCAGGGCAGGAAUCCCUGUAGCAAUCCCUCCUUUAGUGAAGAGCCCACCAUUUUAAAUGUGGGGGGGUCCUGUCCCCCUUAAAGAAUUCACUCCUACUUCCUUGCCUUUUCCAGAUUUCAGGUCCCUGUCUCUGCCUCCACCCUGACACCUACUGAAACAGCAGUCCCAAAGAUGCUGCCCUAAAAAGGCUCAAGAUCCUUUCCUAACACACAGAGAACUGCUGAUGUGGACAUCCACAGUAAAGCAGCAACUGAACAGCAGCAGCUAAAAGUAACUCUUUGUAUAGGGAAGGGGAAUAAGACCUCUUGUCUAGCUAUUGAAGGUAGCAAUUUUUCAUUCUUGUGGUUAAACUGGGUUUGAUGCACAGCUGAGUUACACAAAGGACAAGCAUGGGCAGAACUGCCUGAGGGAACACAGUCAGCAAUGCAAAGCCCUUACACUUAACCCAUGAAACUGCCCCAGGAAUACUGAUAUUGCUGCUUGUGUACCUAAACUUGUUUUUCCAUGUCAGGUACUUGCAGGGAAUAGUUAUGGACCUAACCCUUUACAAAACCUGACAUAAUUAGAGCAGCUAAGAAAAUCAGUUAAGCAGAUCAUAAUAUUUGAUGUCACCUGUGCUCUUCAAAAAAUAAGGACUAGCACAUCCGAAGGCACACUGCAACUUCCUCCCAACCACACUGCUUCUGCAUAUUCCAAUCCUGGAAACCAAAAACACCAGCACAAGUAUUUCACCACCUAUCAUUAGCAACAGCUCCUGGUUUCCCCACAGGAUAUCCUGUACAAAUUCAGCAAGGCAGCUCUACUUCUGAUUUGUGUGACAUGAGUAAGCCCGACACAGCACGUGAACCAAGAUACCGACAGUCCUAUGCAGCGUGGGCUCAGCCCACACUUAAUCCACUACAGAGUAAUAAACUUUAAACAUUA